ACGCAUCAGUACAACUGGAGUUCCGCGUGGAUGAAAACGAUCACUUCGCAAAUAGCAUUUCACUGAGAUCAUCAUGGAACCGCGCGUUAUGCUGACGGACGAUAAGUCACGGAAAAGAUUGCAGCUAAUUCGCACAUACCAAGGCCAUCAUGUCUAUUUUCAGUGUCCUGUGAAGUUGGAGAAUGGCAAUGAAGUAAGGCUACCCUGGCACACCAAAUAUGGAGUGGCCGUCGUAACAGUCCUCACUGCAACUGCGGACAGUCCAAACUUUAAAAUUCGCUUCAAACAUCGUGACAUUAAGGACAUCGUCUUCCAAGUGGAGCUGACGGUGAACCAUGUCACCAAGGCGUACAUAUACGGCGCAAUACGUGGCACAGGUCCUAGUGUCACAAUGAAAACAGGAGAUCACAUUCUCGUGGAGUAUCAUGUAAAACCUGGUGAACAAUUCAUGGUCUACGUGAACGACACAUACGUUGCAAAUUACGGUUCGGAUAUACAAGAGCUGACAGACUUCCAUUUCGAGGAAGCAGGCAACAUAAGCAUGACUGAGUUCCAUCACGUUGUUAUGCCGUCCACUACAGUGGAACGUAUUUACCAAGAACGGACUAAAAAUAGAAGACAACCAUGGCCCCCAGGAGCGAUCUACGCUGGAUCAGUGGCGAGACUUAAUGGAACUGCAGACAAGGAGGACUUGGUGUUCAAGUACACGCAGGAGGGCAAUACCAAGGAUCUAUCCAUUGGAAGGGCUACAAAAGGCGCUUCACUAGAUAUUGUGGUCAGGUUUUUUAGCAAGACCGCGAUGAUCUUCGUGAGCACUCAGUCAUCGCCCCAUACCUACAACCACCAAGCAACCAUCUACUGGGGAGUGAUGGAGAUCGACGGCCUGAAAAUGAUGGACUUCAGCGUGGAUACGGGCAACAUGUCCUGCCCACUACCGUUGGUAACGAAGGUCCCGUGAACUGCUCCAGGCUAAGCAAAGAGCGUCUUGGGUUCUGAACAAGGAGCAAGAAACGUCCUGGGGAACAAGAGUGUGUUGGUUGUUUUUCGUAACCUAAAUAAAGAUAUUUUGUUUUCUGCA